UGUGUGUACAGUAUCUUCCUAAAACUCCCAACUCAAUUAAGCACCAUAGAGCAGGAAAUCCGGGCUUGAGACAUGGAUGUUCCUCGGCCCCACGUAGUGAUCUUGCCUUUCCCUGCACAGGGCCACAUCAAGCCCAUGCUAAUGCUAGCAAAGCUUCUUUGCCAUGCCAAUUUCAAUGUCACCUUUGUAAACACAGAUCACAAUCACAAUCAUAUCAUCAACUCCAUCAACCAAACCACCUUCAAUAGCCACUUUCCUACACUCCGUUUUGAGGCCAUCCCUGAUGGACUUCCACCUGAACAUCCACGCUCUGGUCUGCAUAUCCUCGACUUGUUCUACUCUAUUGAGUCUGCUUCCAAGGCCAAGUUCAAGGACCUAAUCGUUUCGCUAGGCCAAGAAAAUGGCGUGCCGUACUGCUCGCCUCCGACAUGCGUCAUAUCAGAUGGAAUCAUGUCUUUCGCCAUUGAUGUUGCAGAGGAGCUCCACAUUCCGGUGAUCACUUUUCGGACCUACAAUGCUUCCUGCACUUGGGUUUACUUCCAUAUUGAAAAGCUCAUUCAAGAAGGACACAUUCCCUUCAAAGGAGAUGUUGACAUGGAUGGGGCUAUCGAUUCGGUUCCCGGAUUUGAAGGCGUCUUGCGACGUAGAGACCUUCCGGGCAUUUGCAGAUUGAAAGAAGUGGAUGACCCACAUUUGCAAUUCUUCAUCAGACAAACCUCAACCACGAAACGAGCUUCAGCUCUCAUACUCAACACUUUUGAAGAACUUGAAUCACCCAUCAUAUCCAGAUUCCUCUCUAUCUUCCCUAAAGUCUACCCCAUUGGCCCACUUCAUGCCCUUUUCGAGUCACGAAUCAAAUUAAAUCAUUGUCCACCGUCUGAUUCUUCAUCAAACGGAAGUCUGACCCAACAGGACAUGACUUGCUUGACCUGGCUCAAAUCUCAGGCAGCCAAAUCAGUGAUUUAUGUUAGCUUUGGAAGUGUGGCCAUGUUGACUCAUGGCCAACUGAUGGAGUUUUGGCAUGGUUUAGUUAAUAGUGAGAAGCCAUUCUUGUGGGUUAUGAGAAAGGGAUUGCUUUUGGGUGAGGAUACAGUGGGUGAGAUUCCAACGGAGCUUGUGGUGGGGACUAAAGAAAGAGGGUACAUAGUGGGUUGGGCCCCACAAGAGGAGGUCUUGGCCCAUCGAUCCGUGGGUGGGUUUUUGACCCAUAGUGGGUGGAACUCAACGUUGGAGAGUAUUUUAGCUGGUGUUCCAAUGAUUUGUUGGCCACAAUUGGCUGACCAAACAGUGAAUAGUAGGUGUGUGAGUGAGGUGUGGAGGAUUGGGCUUGAUAUGAAAGACACUUGUGAUAGAUCGACGGUUGAGAAAAUGGUGAGGGAUCUGAUGGAGGGAAAAAGAGAGAUCACAGAAUCAACGGCUGACUUUGCAAGAAAGGCUCGUGAUAGUAUCAACGAAGGUGGGUCAUCUUAUUGCAACUUAGAAAAAUUAAUUGAAGACCUACAAUCAAUCAACUUAUCCAAGCAUGCUUAAGAAAGAUAAGUGAUCGAGUUUGAAAUAAAUAUGCCUCAUAUUUGGGUUUUCAUUUAUGCAUGUGUUUUGGUGAAAUGUUGAGGUUGCUCCAUGUGAAGGUAAGAUUGCAUUUAUUGGACCUUCGUCAAGUUUCUUAAUGACAAGAACUUUGUGUAUUGGACUAGCCCUUUAAUCUAUAUGCAUAUGCAUGAGUAUAUGUAUGUAUGAAUGUAUGUAUGUCUGUAUGUUUUAUGUCUCAAAGUUCUCCUUGUAUUACUACUUAGUUUUUCAAUAAAAUCGACCAUUUAGUAUACGUAAUUUAACUUUUA